AUGCUGGUCUGGUGGGGCGGGCGACUCUACUACUCCGACGCCUUGGUCUGGCUGGCCGCCGGCGGCAUCGCGGCGAGCGCGCCCUUGGCGUGGACCGCCGGCGUGUGGCCGGAGGAGUGCCUCAGCGUCGCCGGGCUGCAAGUGCUCGACUGGUGCCUCUCCGCGACCGUGCUCCACUGCAUCGUGGGCGCGUGGCUGCGGUGGAGCCUGCUGCCGGGCUGGGCGGCCGGGCGGCCGUCCUUGUACGUGCUCCGCGCGACGAGCGCGCUGGUCGGCUCCGCGUCGCUCCUCUGGCUGGUGGCGACCCUGGUGCCGCGCGCGGUGCUAGGCGUGAGCGCGCUGCUCAGCGUGAGCCUCUCCCUCAGCGGCGCGUGCUGGUCCGCCGCGCUCUGGCUGCAGCUCCAGGAGUGCGGCCUCGCGGCCGCGCUGCCGCCCUCGCUGCGCGCCGCCCUCCUCCACACGCCGCCGCUCGAGCUUCUGGGGAGGGACGCGCCGCUGGCGCAGGCGGUGGCGCGGGCGCUACAGCUCACCGGCGUGCUGCUCGUCCCCGAGGCGGACCGCGGCGCCGCGCUGCAGCGGCCAACCGCCCCUAGAAGCUGA